AUGGCAUCUGUAGCUUCGGCCGAUGCGUCUGACCUUCGACAGCGGGCAUGGCCCGCCAAGACAGCGACGUUAUACGACGAACAGCCCGAGGCCGAAGGGGCUGACGCGCAGCUGGCGGCUGAGUUUGGCUACGAGCCGGUCUUCAAGCGCGAGUUUGGCUACCUCUCGACCUUCUCCUUUGCCGUCAGCAUCAGCGGCCUCUUUGCCACCACUAUGACCACAUUUUCAUACCCGCUCGCAUCGGGCGGCCCGGCCGGCGUCGUGUGGUGCUGGCUCAUCUCCGGGGCCGGAUGUAUGUGUCUUGCCUGUUCCGUCGCCGAGCUCGUCUCGGCCUACCCCACCUCCGGUGGCCUAUACUUUGCCAUAUCCCGCCUGGCACCUGUGCCGCGCAUUCCACUGCUUAGUUGGAUAACUGGCUGGAUCAACCUGCUAGGCCAGGUCGCCGGCGUUGCCUCGGCCGAGUACGGCUCGGCCCAGAUGCUACUGGCGGCCGUGGCUAUAAGCCGCGACUCGACCCCGUCCAUCAGCGCCACUAAGACCGUCGCCGUCAUGGUCGCCUUGCUCGCCGUUGCCGGGCUCGUCAACUCCAUGUCGACGUACUGGAUGGAGAAAAUGACCAAGACCUACGUCGUCUUCCACUUCGCCGUCCUCAUCUCGUGCAUCAUUGCCCUCCUCCUCAAGACUGACUCCAAGCACAGCGUCGCCUACGUCUUUACCCACGUCGAGUCUAGCUCCGGCUGGGCCUCACCCGGAUUCAGCUUUCUCUUCGGCUUUCUCUCCGUCUCAUGGACCAUGACCGACUACGACGCCACCGCCCAUAUCACCGAGGAAAUCUCAGAGCCCGAAGUCAAGGCACCGUGGGCCAUUUCGCUUGCCAUGCUCUUCACUUAUAUCGCCGGCUUCCUAUUCAACGUCGUUCUCUGUGUCUGCAUGGGCGACGCCUCUGAAAUUCUCGACAGUCCCAUCCUCCAGCCCGUCGCCCAAAUCUUCCUGCAAAGUCUGGGCAGGACGGGUGGCCUCAUCUAUACUGUCUGCGGAUUCAUAAUACUGCAGUUCGUCUGCUUUACCGCCAUGCAGGCUACGGCCCGCACCAUAUACGCCUUUUCGCGCGAUGGCCUUCUGCCACUGCCACAGCUCUGGCUUAAAAUUAACCCCUGGACCGGCACACCUAUCUACGCCGUCUGGCUAACCGUGAUCCUCUGUAUCUGCCUAAAUCUUAUUGCGCUCGGUUCAACUGUGGCCAUAGCUGGCGUCUUUGACGUCUGCGCCAUUGCCCUUGACUGGUCCUACUGCAUUCCCAUUAUCUGCAAGCUAGUUUACGCCAAGUUCCAGCCAGGCCCAUGGCACAUGGGUAAAUGGAGCUGGUGGGUGAACAUGUGGGCCCUUGUCUGGACUUUAUUUGUGUCGGUGAUCUUUGUCUUGCCACACGCCCAGCCCGUCACUGCUCUUAAUAUGAACUAUGCUGCCGCCUUUUUGGUGCUGAUAUUUGCCUUCUCCGGAGUCUACUGGCUUUUGAGUGGCAGGAAAUACUACACCGGCCCCCUCCCGGAGUCCGCCGCAGAUUGCAAGCCUGGAGCCAUUUGUUGA